AGUCCGAAAAACACACAAAAAGAAAAACCAAGACACACACGAGAAAUACAGAGAGAGAUCGGAUCUGCUGACAAGUCCACCCCGUCUCGUCAUUCUAACCACUACAGGGACGGCAUGUGAGGAAAGAAAGAAACUUUCUCUUUACUACUUCUUCUUUUCAUGGCGACUUUGACGAUGUAUACGUCCGCGACAGCAUCGAAUCGAAUAGAAACGAGAGUUUUUAGGAUGGGUUGUCGGGUUUGGAACAAGAAACUAUGGAUCGACAUUGACCUUCAACUCACCCAUCUUUCCUUUUCAGUAAUUUUAUAUUUUUCCUUUGUUCUGUUAUUUGAUCUGACCUUGGUUGGUACUCACUGCCUGGCGAGAUUGCUUGGGGUUUUUGCUUUGUUUCUUUGGCUUCUCUUGCUGUACACAUACCUUUCUGAUACAUACCUGUUUGUGUGGGAUCGUGGGUUCGAGAGUGCAGCUUGCUGAAACGUAAUGGGAGAGUCAGGGGCGGGAGAGUGUGGGAUGGAUGAUGGUGAUGGUUUGACGAUGUGGAAGAACUGUUUUUUGUGGCACUGCACGAUAAAUAAACAUCAUAUGUCUGUUGGUUUUU